ACCAUGAUGGCGUAUAUGAACCCCGGGGCCCACUACUCCGUCAACGCCUUGGCCCUGAGUGGCCCCAGUGUGGAUUUGAUUCGCCAGGCUGUGCCCUACCCGAGCGCCCCCCGGAAGCAGCGGAGGGAGCGGACCACCUUCACCCGCGGCCAGCUGGAGGAGCUGGAGGCCCUGUUCGCCAAGACCCAGUACCCAGAUGUGUACGCCCGCGAGGAGGUGGCCCUGAAGAUCAACCUCCCCGAGUCCAGGGUCCAGGUUUGGUUCAAGAACCGCAGGGCCAAGUGCAGGCAACAGAGGCAGCAGAAACAACAGCAGCAGCCGCCCGGCGCCCCAGCCAAGGCCCGGCCCAGCAAGAAGAAGGCCACCAUGUCCCCACAGCCGGCCACCGACACGUGUGAGGACCCGCUGGGCAUCUCCGACUCCUACAGCCCCCCUCUGCCAGGCCCCUCGGCCUCUCCCACCGCGGCCGUGGCCUCCGUGGCCAUCUGGAGUCCAGCCUCGGAGUCCCCUCUGCCCGAGGCCCAGCGGGCUGCGCCCUACGCCAUGACCUACGCCCCGGCCCCGGCCUUCUGCGCCUCCCCAUCGGCCUAUGGCUCACCCAGCUCCUACUUCAGCGGCCUAGACCCCUACCUCUCUCCCAUGGUGCCCCAGUUGGGGGGCCCUGCCCUGAGCCCCCUGGCCGGCCCGACCCUCGCCCAGUCCCCCAACUCUUUGUCAGGCCAGGGGUACGGAGCUUACAGCCCCGUGGACAGCCUGGAGUUCAAGGAUCCCACGGCUACCUGGAAGUUCAGCUACAACGCCAUGGAUACCCUAGACUGCCGUGAUCAGAGCGCUUGGAAGUUCCAGAUCUUGUAG